AUGUUUCUGAGACAGAACCCACCAACGUUUAACGGGUUGGGAGACCCAAUGGUGGAAGAAACAUUGAUCCGUGCACUGGAACGCGUCUUUAACUUCUUACACUGCACGGACCAGGAGCGGUUGUCCUGCGUGACUUUCCAACUAACUGGACCCGCAGAUUUCUGGUGGGAAGCAAGGAAAAAGACUAUGGGUCCAAUGCAUGUAGAGGAAAUGACUUGGGAAGAAUUUAAAACUGAGAUCUAUGAGAAGUAUAUUCCCAAGAGCUACAGGAAGAAAAAGGAGGUUGAAUUCUAUCAUCUGAAGCAAGGACGAAUGUCGGUGACAGACUAUGACCGAAUGUUCUGUGAAAUGGCACGGUACGCCCCAGAUUAG